AUGAAUGGUUUCGUUUCUAUCGCCGUCCACUUGCCUGGUGCAGCGGACGAUCUUACCAAGCUGCGCCAUGAUGGAAUGAUGAAAGUUUUAUCACGGGACCAUGUUGGUCUGAAAAAGCUCGUGACUGAGCGCGGGCUUGACUGCGACUACGCGCUCCACGGGCGCCACGUGCUCAGCCUCGCCGUGGAGAGGUCCUCGCGUGCGGUCGUGCAGGAGCUCGUACGCGGGGGAGCGUCCGUGACGCGUACGAAACAAAGGAGUUCUCGAGACGACCCUUUGCUGGUGGCUGUCAGGUUAAAUAGAGCAGACAUACUAGAGGAGUUACUUCGUGAACUGCGUACAGGGCAUCACUAG